AUGAAGAUGAAGAAGCAUCCGAGCCAUUGCCGCAGUACACAAUUGCAAUCCUGGCUGGAAAUACGGGAUAACGAUUCCAUAGAGCGCCUGGUUGUUCAGGGAAAGGUGGAAGGGACAAGACCACGCGGAAGAUCACCUAUGCGUUGGACUGACCAGGUUAAAUCAGCCGUAGGAACGCGUGUAUCUGACUGCACCAGACAGUCUGCCAACAGACAUGGCGAUGGCGAUGCAGGGAGAGAUGGCGGGAGAUCGUGCGGAGAGGUGUGUCCGCCUCUACCACCGAUGUGGAUGCCUCUACGUGACCACGACCGCUCUGCCAAGAGCGAAACGACAGAGAAGAGUUAUUCAUUCAAAUUUUAUUGA